GAACGAAGACCAAAGGUUUCCAAAUUCGGUUAAAUAGUUUGCCCAAUACGUCUUGAUCCCAUUCCGAGUUUUGCACUCCUUCACGGCAGAACCGAGUCCAGUUGUUACUGUAUUAUUUUUGUAACAGCAUUCUCAGUGUUUCACGCUGGAAAUCCAAGCGAAGUAUUUCGACGAGUAGUGAGUAGAGGGCUCACUUUUUUUAAGUUCCGUAAACGGAAGUUCCUAGUUUUUGACUCGCAGACGCUAGGACUUUACAAUUCCCAUGAGUGAGAAUGGAUGUUUAUCGUCAAAACGAACGCUACGAGCCACUUCGUGCCUCGAUGGCAGUUCCUGAUCCAGAAAUGCUUCGUGCUAUUCACCAAAUAUCAGAAGCCCUCGGCAGCUACGAACGCUCCAAGAUUCUCUACUUGUGCGAGAUUUCGGACACAGACAAUACAGCCGCGCAUAUAAAGUAGACUCUCAAGUCCAAAGUCAGGAGCUACGACAAAGGGCGUCUGUUUUUGGCUGAGCUCAUGCUACAUUUGGGGAGAUAUGACAUCCUCAGGCAGGUGUUUGGGUUCAGCCGGGACGAUGUGGAGAGAGCUCUGAGAUCCGAGCAGGUUCUACCCAGAUUCAGAGUUCUGAUGGCUCACAUCAGCGAGGACAUGGCCAAGGAUGAUGUGAGCAGUGUGAAGUUUCUUCUGGCUCACAUGCUACCGCGUAAGAAAAUGGAAACUGCCAAGGAUUUCCUGGACUUGGUUGUCGAACUAGAGCACGUGGGCAAGGUUUCCCCUACAAGGGUGGACCUUUUGGAGGAAUGUUUAAUGGACGUCGGCAGGGUAGACCUGGCCAAAAAGCUCAAGGUGUACAAGAUGUCAGUCAGCGCGCCAGCAGUACCCGAGGAAGUGGUGCGCCACCCUUGCCAGGAGAGUCCAGUGAGUCGGUACACAUUCGCCAGUGACCCCAGAGGGGAGUGCGUCAUCGUAGACUGCGUGGGGAAUGACAGAGAGAUGAUGGCGCACACAUUUAAAUCACUGCACUUCAAUGUGACCCUGCAUAAAUGGCUAAACCUGGUCGAGACUGUCUCAACGCUCAGAAAAGUCUUCCAAAGGAGUCCGGACCACAGUGGCGACGGCUUCGUCUGCUGCAUCAUCAGCCGGGCGAUCGACAAUCGCCUCCAGGCCACGGACAUGAACUGCGAAGGCCUCCGUCUGGAAGAUGUCCGCCGCUUUUUCAACGGCGACGCCUGUCCGGCGCUGGUCGGCAAGCCAAAACUGUUUUUCAUCCAGAGCUACACUGUGUCAGACUUCCAACCCUGCGCUGUGGAGAACCGCUGGGAUGACGGCUGGGAGACGGACGGUGGCGCCGGUCAGCUGAGACCCGAUUGUCUCCCGUCAGAUGCGGACGUGCUCUGGAGUCACUGCUCGACCGCAGAGCAUCAACUGCAGCGAGGCCGACACCGUUCCGUUUACCUCAAGGCUUUGACGGACGCCUUGGGCAGGAGCCGACAUCUGGUCGAUCUUCACGUGGAGGUGAACGGUGCAAUCUUGGAGCACAAUACCCGGCAUCGUGAGGAUCAGUACCACAUUGACCUGAAAAGACCUUUACUUAUAGUUGUCUGACGACUUGCCUGUUUCAUAGCUGUCAGUAUUUGCACUUCAAUUCACUUACUAUACUACUGUAUUCAGAUAAGCUUUU